CUCACCACAUACACAACCACAUCCGUGCCCGCAGACACGAUGCUUGUCUCUCUGACGGUCGGAAAGGUCGACGCAGGUGUCGCCGUCCUGCUGACUGAAGACAAACGCCUCAUCGAGUUCCCCUCCAUUCUCCUCCCGCCAGACAUCUCCUCAGGAAGCAUCGUAGACAUCACCGUCUCGCGAAACCACCAGAAAGAAUCGGAUGCGACCGCAGCCUUCCACGCCCUCCAAACCACCAUCUACCGUACCUUUGGCCAACGCACGCCGUCUCCGCCCGUCCUCCGCUGCCGAAAUGCGACCCAGACAUCCGUAGUCCUCGAGUGGGACCCCAUCGAUAUUGCGACCGCCGAGCUACGGAGUCUCACUCUGCACCGCAACGGAAGCAAGGCGGGCACUAUACCAAAGCCCACGGAAGUGCACAGCACCAAGUUGAGCGGUCUGGCGGUGGAUACUGAAUAUGUCUUCCAUCUGGUGCUUCGAACCAGCGCGGGCACAUACAGCAGCGAGAAGCUGAAGGUGCAGACGCAUAAGAUGACCGAUCUCUCCGGCAUUACCAUAACGCCCGGCUACAUGCCGGCCGCACUGCGAGAUUCGCUCCAGAAAUCCGUUGAGCGUAUCGGCGCCAAGAUUGUGGAUACCGUUAGGAUCGAUACCACGCACUUCGUCUGCACCGAGGGCAGAGGACCGGCAUGGGAGAAAGCUGUGGAGAACAAUAUCCCUGUAGUAGUGCCGGAUUGGGUCAAGGGCUGCGAGAGGGAAGGCAGGAUAGUGGGAGUUCGUGGAUACUACCUAAAUGCGGAUCCGCGACUGCGACAGAUCGGGCCCGGGCCCGGCCAACAGCAGCAACCACCACAGCAGCAAGUACGGAGUCCGUUAGCAAGCCCAAGGACCGAGGUCACACCGCCAACUCCGGACCGGCCAACGCACGAGAGGAAUGGAGCGAACGAAGCGCCGCCACCUCCGCCGCCAAAGGACGACGAGGAUGAGAAGAGUGAGGUCGAGACGCCUCCGGAGCCGAAGACGCAGGCCGAAGAGCAGAAAGUCAGGACAGAGGAUAUGAAACCUGCAGCGGAAGAGUCUGAGGAGGAGAGCGAGGAGGACGAGGAGGAAGCACGGCCUAGCAAUGCCAAGGGCAAAGCGCCUGAGACGAGCUUGCCCACGAGAGAGAAACCGCCGCCAGCAUCAGUCGAGGAUGACGACGAUGACGACAAGGCCAGUUUCCAAGAGAUCAAGCUUUGAUAGGAUGCAAUGGUGGAAAACAGGAACGUUAUAGACAUUUUAGCGACGGGCGCUGGGUGUGCGGCUCAAGCGGGUUCAAAGGUUUUAUUCUUGUAAUUCAGAGUGUCGACCGCACUUGAAAUGAGUCGUUCUGUUUUAUACGACUUCGCUCUAGUACCCCUUAUGCGCCUUCUCAACCUUCUUGCCAGACUAUCUUUCUCGCUAGAUUAUGCAGCUGAUCAUCCG